AGCGCCGGCACAAGACCAGGACUCUCAGCGCGUCUGAGGGUCCGCAGACGAUCAUCCGCCAGCGCAACACGUACGGCCCCGAGCAGGCCGUGCAGACGAGGGCGAGGCGCAUGUCGCACGACGAGACGCACACCAAGUCGCGCAAGUUCCUCGUCGACGUCGAGGAGACGAUGAAGCUCGUCCUCGAGCAGGAGGACACCGACGCCAACUUCCAGAUCCACGCGGCCGACAAGGGCCCCAAGGUCUUCUCGCUCGGGACGGCGAGCAGCAACGGCUACAACUCGUUCGACAUUCGCGGCACGUACAUGCUCUCCAACCUCCUCCAGGAGCUCGCCCUCGCUCGCGACCACGGCCUCAAGCAGAUCGUCCUCGACGAGGCGCGCCUCAACGAGAACCCGGUCUCGCGCUUGACCCGCAUGAUCCGCCACUCGUUCUGGAGCAACCUGACGCGUCGCAUCGACGGCGACGGUCUCGAGCGCAUCUGCGCCGACCCCAAGAACCGCGGCAAGAACCAGGCGCCGCGCAUCUACGUCCCCGAGGCCGAGCCGAUGAUGCGCAAGUACUACGAGCGCAUCGCCGAGGCCAAGCCGCACUUGCGCCUCAUCGUCGACACGGUCCCGACCAACUUUGACGCCAAGUGGGUCAAGGACCAGAACGACCGUCCCGGCAUCCUCGCGCUCGCCAUGAAGGAGGUGUCGCGCGGCGAGGGCCAGGACCCGGACUUCCAGGGCAUCCCUUUCGUCGUGCCCGGCGCACGCUUCAACGAGCUCUACAACUGGGACAGCUACUUCAUCUCGCUCGGCCUCCUCGCCGACGGCCAGGUCGAGCUCGCCAAGGGCAUCGCCGACCACUUCCUGUUCGAGAUCAAGCACUACAAGAAGAUCCUGAACGGCAACCGCAGCUACUACCUCAUGCGCUCCCAGCCGCCGUUCCUCACCGACCUCGCCGUCCAGGUCUUUGCCCAGCUCGAUCCCGAAACGGCCGAGGACAACAAGGCGUGGCUCAAGCGCGCGAUCCAGGGCGCGAUCCAGGAGUACCACAUCGUGUGGCAAGAGGCGCGUCGCCUCGACCCGGUGACGGGCCUGUCGCGGUACCGCCCCGACGGCCUCGGCGUCCCUCCCGAAACCGAGGCGUCGCACUUUACGGCCGUCCUGCAGCCGUACGCCGACAAGCAGGGCGUCAGCGUCAACGAGUUCAUCGAGAUGUACAACGACGCCGAGAUCGAGUGCCCCGAGCUCGACGCCUACUUCCUCCACGACCGCGGCGUGCGCGAGUCGGGCCACGACACGACGUACCGGUUCGAGAAGAAGUGCGCCGACCUCGGCACGAUCGACCUGUGCUCGCUCCUGUACAAGUACGAGACGGACAUCGCGACGGCUAUCCGCGACCACUUUGACGACUCGCUCGAGCUCGAGGCCGAGUUCGACUUGACGCCGUUCCCGUUCGGCACCGAGGUGCCGUACACGCCGACCGACCCGUCCCUCCCCGACCUGUCGGGCCCGCGCAAGUCGACCGACGCGCCGCAGACGUCGGCCGAGUGGUUCGCUCGCGCCGCGCGCCGCAAGGAGCUCGCCGACUACUACCUCUGGCACGACGGCCGCGGCAUCUACGUCGACUGGAACUGCGCCAAGGGCAAGCAGAGCCUGUACGACUCGGUGACGACCUUCUGGCCCAUGUGGUGCGGCAUGGCGAGCGAGGCGCAGGCCGAGAAGAUCAUGUGCUGCUCGUUGCACAAGUUCGAGGUCGCCGGCGGCCUCGUCUCGGGAACCGAGUCGUCGCGUGGCCGCAUCUCGCUCCAGCGCCCCAACCGGCAGUGGGACUACCCGGCCGCUUGGCCUCCUCACCAGAUCAUGGCCUGGGUCGGUCUGCAGAAGUACGGCUACAACCACGAGGCGCAGCGCCUCGCCUACAAGUGGCUCCACAUGCUCACCUCGGGCUUUGUCGAGGCCGGCGGCUGCGUGCCCGAGAAGUUCGACGCCGUCGAGGGCACGUCCAACAUCGACGCCGAGUACGGCAACCAGGGAACCGACUUCCACCUCAUUCCGCGCGAGGGCUUUGGCUGGACCAAUUCGUCGUACCAGGUCGGCCUCUCAAUCAUCACCCAGUUCCAGCGUCGUGCUCUCGGCGCCCUCACCCCGCCCGACUCGUUCUUCCGCCACGGUCGCGUCCUCUCGACCUGAGCCGUCGUUCAUCCCCUGUACAUACCCCUCGCAUCCAUCUCUUUGCCGCCGGCCCGUAGACGCAGUUUUGAGCCUCGAAGCGAACUUGUCCCUCUCGUUCUC